UUCCCGGUAAACUGAAUAUUCUUGCCGAUAAAGAAUCCAGAAACAAAAACCUUGACACUGAAUGGAUGCUUAAUAAAAAAUAUUUGACUGAAGCUCUAUCCAAACUAUAUGUUUUUCACCUAAUAUUGAUCUGUUUGCCUAUCCUAUAAACCAGACCCAUAUGCUAAGCAUAUCGAUGCCUUUACUAUUUCCUGGGCAUAUGAAAAAUUUUAUUGUUUCCAUCCUUUCAGUUGCAUUCUGAAGCACUCAGGAAAAUAAUUCAAGACAAAGCCACGGGCAUUCUUGUGGUCCCCGACUGGCCAACACAGAGCUGGUAUCCCCUCCUAUACUUCAAUUUCUAGUGAAGCCUCCACAUCGUCUAUUGCCCAAAGCCGACCUCUUAGUCUUACCAUCAGACCGGGACCACAAACAUCCUCUCCACAAGAACUUGAACAUUCUGACUUAUUUGUCAUGUAUCAGGAAUAAACUGCAAGUGAGGGGUUUCGCCACCGAUACAAUUGACAUUAUUCUCAGUUCUUGGCGAGAGGGAACUAAGACGCAAUAUCAGUCAACUGCAAAGAAAUGGUUUGAUUUUUGUCGGAAAAACAACUGUGAUAUAAUUUCACCACCAUUGCCUCAGGCAUUGUCAUUUCUGUCCGACUUAUUCAAAUCUGGUUUGUCGUACAGUUCUAUUAAUACUGCUAGAAGUGUUCUUUCUUCAAUUUUGUCCUGGGAGAGCAAUCCUACUCCCUUCGGCCAACUGCCCAUCGUUAAACGCUUUAUGAAAGGUUUUAAAUGAGUCCCGACCGUCUCUGCCAAGGUAUUGCUCCACAUGGAAUGUCAAUACUGUCUUCAAUUAUUUAAGACGUCAGCAAGCACCAUCAUUAUUAUCCAUGAAAGACCUCAGUCAAAGAGUUGCUUUUCUCUUAGCCCUUCUCAGCGGACAGAGAUGCCAAACAAUCGGUAAAUUAUCAAUAGACAAUAUGACAAUGGAAGAGACAAAAAUCACUUUUUUAAUAGCAGAUAAAUUAAAACAUUCUGGGCCUGGUGUUCAUCAACAGCCACUAGUUUUUAUGGCGUAUGUUGCUGAUCAAAAAUUGUGUAUCCUAACAUAUUUACAGGAAUAUUUAAAACGAACAUCACCCGUUCGUGGUGACAACAAGCAGCCUCUUAUCAGUUUCGCCGAAACCUUAUACAAACCCAUCUCAACGGAAACAAUCUCGCACUGGAUAAAAAACUUCAUGACAACUGCUGGUGUUGAUACUACACAAUAUAAGAGUCCUAGUACUAGAGCAGCAUCAACAUCUCAUUUAGCAUCCCAACAAUUUGACCUUAAAGAUAUCUUGAAUGCAGCCGGGUGGUCAAAAGAAGAGACUUUCAAACGUUUUUACCAUUUCAAAGAUAACAAUGAAUUUAACUUUGGUAGUGCUAUUAUGAAUACACUAUCCUAAACAAUUGCAUGGUCUAUUUGUAUAAUCAUUUUAUUAUGUGAUAUUUCCUUAUACUGUACAUUGUGUUUUUUCUUUCUUGCUGUUUAUUCUUCGGAUAUAAUAUUGGUGCAAUGCCAGCUCUAAAUUCUCGUACAACUACGUAACGACUAUAGCUAAUGACGUAAUAGAAUUGGAAAUUAAACGAGACUUACCUGUAAGUCGAAGUUUGAUUGUAAUUCUAUAAGUCAUUAGCGAGGAGUGGAGGAGUUGUAGGCCCACACGUGAAAUUACACCCAGGCCCGAUUAUCUCCUCCACUCCAGGCAUUGUACCAAUAUUAAUGCUCUAAAUACUGGUUAACUCAUGCGCGGUACUGUCUCUCCUACAACUCCUCCACUCCUCGCUAAUGACUUAUAGAAUUACAAUCAAACUUCGACUUACAGGUAAGUCUCGUUUAAUUUCCAAUUUU